AUGUAUUUUUGCUUCCUUGUUUGCAACUCUACUCGUCCUGAUUAUCUAUGGAUAAUUCUACGUGAUCCGAAAUUUCCAGACUUUCUAUCCUGGUGUUUGGAUGCAUCUCAGUGGGCUUUAUUAGGCACAGCUGUAUGUUAUAUAAUAUUGGCAUGUAAUGCGGUGUGCAUAUCUAGACGAAAUGGGGAAUCAAACAACGAAACUACGAUUCCUUAUAAAUUUGUUUGGCUAUUAUAUACAUGCAGCGUGAAUUGCGUGUAUUCAACAAUGACACUGCAUUGGAUGUUUAGUGGUCAUCAAUCUUCCCUUGAACAAACAUUGAAACAUAGCAUACCUGGUUGUUUAAUAUUGAUGGAUUUAUUUUUAAACAGUAUUCCAUUAUAUAUAUGUCAUACAUUCUAUCCUGUAAUUGUACAUCUAAUCUAUUUGGCUGUUGCAACAUUAAGCCUAUAUUUAGCGUAUACAAUUGGUAAUCUGGAUAAAACUACACCGUUUCCUUCAAAUCCAACUGUAUUCAUUGGUGGACAUGCAUUGUUACCAAAUGGUUAUCAAGAUUUUUCAAAUAUACCACGUAUAUUUAUCGUUUUGUUAGGAGCUAUCUUUAUUGGUAUUAUGAUACAUUGUAUUCUAUUAACAUUAGUCAUCACUCGAGAUUUUCUUGCAAGUUUAUGUCAACAAAGUACUACUGUAUGGUAUGAUUCUAAUGAUGAUGUAGCAUAUUUAAUGGAUAACAGUACAACCACAUUAGAUCUGUUAAGUCGACAGUCAUCAUCAUCAACUGGUGUACACAAUUUAAAUGAAAAACUAAAAUGA